UCACCAUCAUCAGUCGUCCCGGUGGAGACGCCGCACCGCCUGCUCCAGUCGCCACAGCUCCUCUCUGCCCGUGUGACCAGUGUGAGCCGCUGCCUGAACACCUACACGCCCGGGGAGAACCACGGAGCUCGUCGGGGGAGCGGAGGACACGUCGUGGGGGACUGAGAAGACAUGGUCGCGGACGGAGAGGAGAGGACGCCCGGCUGUCUCUACCUCCAACCAGCGAUAAAUCUACUUUGAUGCGACCGCUUAGCUAACAAGCUAACAGGGGAUGUUUUCACAAACUAGCCAGGUAGUUAGCCUGCUAGCUAGCUAGACCGCCGGCUAUAGAAAUUGGCUUCCCAGAUUUAGCUUUAAACUUCAAGUGCUACUUGUACCCUGCGAUACGUUCUGUUAAAUCAUUCUGAUAACGUUAGAGACGGGGUGUUGGAUGUUUGGGACUCCGGUGCCCUCUGUUUGCUUAUUCUCAGCAGGGACAAUAGUUAAUAGUCCAGGCAACAAGUCUGCUGCUUAACAACCUCAAGUUUGUGCUCAUUUUGUGUGGCGUUGAUAGUUUCCCGUGUGGCCCCGGUUAGCUGGUCAGCCAUUCUCUGGGUUUAAAUCAUCGACUGUUUGUCUAGGGCAAAGUAAAGGUAUCUGUUUACACAAAAGGAAAGUAGGUGGCCACUUUAGAUGCGCAGAUUGAAGAGGGUCGGGUGCACCGGAUAACCUGUUGUCAGUUGAUCGACACAACCACCGACGAAGAGACGAGGCGGAUGAUCAUUACAAAUCGCCCACAUGCGUUGGACCAGCUCCCGGACUUGUGAAAGGCAUCUGAAGCAGGAGGUGGGAGACGUGAGCGCACAUCCCUUGCAGCCCGGGGGAAGAUGGCGGAGCGUUCCCGCAAGAGGUGGUGAAAACAAAACUUGGGGACGACUUGGAUUUAUCGCCGGACAUCUUAUCUCAGAUCGUAGGACACAUGCAGGCCAAAAAACGGUACUUAAUUCUGUUCUCCGCCGGUGCGUGUCUUAUCCUGUUGUUCUGUUUCGGAGGGAUACAAGUCCCGCUGUCCAGGCGUGAUGACCGCAGCCUCGCCGGUUAUCACCCCGGGGCUCGGUGGCGUCGCUUCCCGGGGUACCUGCAGCAUUUCAGCUCCUGGGAGCAAGACUGGAGCGAUGGUCGCAAUGAGCACAUGUCUCCCAGGCAGAAGAGGGACGCGAACUCUGGCGUUUACUCUGGGAAACGCUGCAGAAUGGAGUCCUGCUUUGAUUUCUCCUUGUGUCAGAGGAAUGGCUUCAAAGUUUAUGUGCACCCCCAGCAGAAAGGGGAAAAGAUAUCGGAGAGUUAUCAGAACAUCCUGUCCUCUAUUGAAGGGUCCAGGUUCUAUACACCUGACCCGGGACAGGCAUGCCUGUUUGUCCUGAGUCUGGACACACUGGACCGGGACCAGCUUUCACCCCAGUACUUGCACAACCUGAGAGCAAAAAUCCAGAGCCUUCCACUCUGGAAUGGAGGCAAGAAUCACAUCAUCUUCAACUUAUACUCCGGCACCUGGCCAGACUACACGGAAGACCUUGGCUUUGACAUCGGCCUUGCCAUGUUGGCUAAGGCCAGCAUCAGCACAGAGAACUUUCGGCCUUACUUUGACGUUUCCAUUCCUCUUUUCUCCAAAGACCACCCCAGGACAGGAGGGCAAAGAGGCUACUUAAAACAUAAUGCCAUUCCCCCGUACAGGAAGUACGUGCUUGUUUUUAAGGGGAAGAGGUACCUAACUGGAAUAGGCUCAGACACUAGGAACGCUUUAUAUCAUGUUCAUAACUCCGAGGAUGUGGUCCUCCUCACAACAUGUAAACAUGGAAAAGACUGGCAGAAGCACAAGGAUGCACGCUGUGAUAAAGACAACGCAGAAUACGACAAGUACGACUACAGAGAGAUGCUGUACAACUCCACGUUCUGCCUGGUACCUCGAGGACGACGGCUGGGUUCCUUUCGCUUCUUAGAGGCUUUGCAGGCAGCAUGUGUGCCUGUGAUGCUAAGUAACGGCUGGGAACUUCCCUUCUCCGAGAUCAUCGACUGGAACACGGCAGCUGUGAUGGGGGAUGAAAGGCUGCUAUUACAGGUCCCCUCUACAGUGCGCUCCAUCCAUCAGGAUAAGAUCCUGUCCCUGAGACAGCAGACCCAGUUCCUAUGGGAGGCUUACUUCAACUCUUUGGAGAAGAUAGUGCUGACAACACUGGAGAUCAUCCAGGACCGGGUCCUGCAGCAAACCUCCAGGAGCAACCUGAUGUGGAACAGCCUGCCUGGAGGCCUCUUCACCCUCCCGCAGUACUCUACACACCUGGGAGACUUCCCUUUCUAUUACGCUAAGCUGGGUAUCAAGCCGAACCCCAAGUUUACAGCGAUCAUCCAUUUGGUGACCCCACUGGUCUCCCAGUCUCAGCCAGUCAUGAAGCUGCUUGUGGCCGUGGCCAAAUCCCAGUACUGUGCUCAGGUGAUAGUUCUGUGGAAUUGUGAUAAACCUCUUCCCGCCAAGUACCGCUGGCCUGCCACCUCAGUCCCUGUCAUUGUCAUAGAAGGGGAAACCAAGGUGAUCAGCAGUCGUUUUCUGCCCUACGACACCAUCCCCACUGACGCUGUGCUCAGUCUGGAUGAGGACACGGUGCUCUCCACCACAGAGGUGGACUUUGCCUUCACAGUGUGGCAGAGUUUCCCGGACCGCAUCGUAGGUUACCCAGCCCGCAGCCACUUCUGGGACAGCAACAAGGAGCGGUGGGGCUACACCUCCAAAUGGACCAAUGACUACUCCAUGGUGUUGACUGGGGCUGCCAUCUAUCACAAAUACUACCACCACCUGUACACCACUUACCUUCCAGUCAGUCUGAAGGCCAUGGUCGACCAGAUGUCCAACUGCGAGGACAUUCUGAUGAAUUUUCUGGUGUCGUCAGUCUCUAAGCUACCACCCAUCAAGGUCACUCAGAAGAAACAGUACAAGGAGACCAUGAUGGGACAGAGCUCCCGGGCGUCUCGCUGGGCUGACCCGGACCACUUUGCCCAGCGUCAGACGUGCAUGAACAAGUUUGCCAACUGGUUUGGCACCAUGCCCCUGGUCCAUUCUCAAAUGAGGCUGGACCCAGUCCUGUUCAAAGACCAGGUGUCCAUACUGCGGAAGAAGUACAGGGAUAUCGAGAGGCUAUAACACUCCGGAGCCCCCCCGCUCACUGGACACUAGAACGAGAGAGCGAGGGGGCGGACACUUGGAGAAAUGCAAAGCAGUUCCAUGAUUCUCAUGGAAGGAUCAAUGGAGAUGCAAAUGGGACUGGGUAGAAGGGGGGGUGGAAAAUAAACUCCAACACAAGAGGAGAACAGCACAUCCUUUUUACUCCUCUGUACGUCUGUAAAGGUUCCUCCGUGUAUUCUCUGAUCCACCUUGUCUCUUGUGUUGGUGGACAGCUGAGCUCACUGGUCCCACUAUAUUCACUAUGGCUACCAACAGCCGAAGACACCUGAGGACUUUUAAAGUGUUUGACUAUGAACUGAAGUGGUCAAAUUCAUGGAGUUGUAAAUGACAACUUUGCAGCUUCUGUGUCCCAACGGUGGCCAACUACUCCAAACUCCAUCCCACUGAACCAGACUGUCUGUUCUGCUCUGUACACUAUGCACAGGUUCCUGAACGUUUUUGAUGAAUAUUAUUGAUGAUACUGACUAUGAAGAGGAUAACACUAUUUUGGAUUGUGUUUUACUAUUUUUUGUAUACAGUGAAUGAAUGGCCAGCACUACUCUCUGUAUUGUCUUAAUAAAAACCAAUAGCAGGGCGAGUAAAAGGAGGAAUGAAAAACCCAUCAACCGUCAAUGAUCUGAUAUUUGUAGUGCCUCGAGUUUAUCUAAUGGUGUUGGAAUGCGUCUGAGAGACGGUGCAGGACAAGCACCUUGACCUUGCUGCUUGCUGCUCUCUGUUUUGUUUUUGAUUCAAUGGUUUGUGAUUUUCUUUACAAACGAUGAAAUUAUGGAUCUUGUGGUAAAUUCUUGUUUUUAUUUACUGGAUUGUAAUAAAUGUUUCUUUUUAUUCAAUUGAACAAACUAAAUUGUCAUUGUGCCAUUCUGAAAUCAAUUUUCCUUUGUAAAUGCAGAACCUUGGUUAAGGGAGGCUGAGCUUUCAAGUUGAUUUUUUUGAAACCCAAACCACUCUAAAAUCCAGGGACUGGAUCGUGUAGGAUUUGUUCAGUAAGGGAUAUUUAUGUGACAUUAUUAUUCCUCUCAUAGAACCAAUUUCAAUUUGUCCAGUGACAAGUACUUGACACAAGCUUAAACUGUUUUCAUGGAGGAGCAACAAACGGCAUUUGAGGUUUCAGACCAACAGUUGGCAUCAUAAGUAAACAUUUUUAUUUGACCCACUUGUUAAAAGCAAAUAUGGAGAUGGCGAGGAAUUCUUUAACACUUGAGAUACUGCACCUUUGGGGAGAACAGCUUUAUUAAGUAAGUGUUAUUGUUUGUGGUGUUUCCUUAACAUAAAUACAUGGAAUUGGAAGCCUUUCAGUAACCGUGUGCUAAUGUGCAUGGCCACUUUCAAAAACCAAUAUGUAAAACCUGUAUGUUAAGAAAUAUGUUCCAUAAACGUUAAUCUUUUUCAUGUUAGUCUUCUCACACAUCUCAAUCGCUGCAAAUCUUCGUUGAGGUUCAAGUGUCAGUGGCACAUGAAAUAGUUUUUUUGCAGAUGGAUCAAUAGGCUAAAUGGAAAAUGUUAAUGUAAUUUGAUGAAGCUUCAAUGUGCACUCGUGUUUUCAAAACAUUGUGCAAGUUAAAGUUCCUCUUUCCUUUUGAAACCAGCAGCGUUUCUAUGUGAAAUCAAGAAAUCCAACCACACGUGCUCGGAAUCCUCCUUCAGCUGCCUCAGCAUUGAAACAAUCAUUUUGGUGAACUCCCCAAUCCUUCAAAGACCCCUAAUAUGUGCCAUUGGAUCAUUUGUGGUUGUUUGUAUAAUUUCUUUUUCAUCUAAUAUGAGGAAUGCCAUGCAUUACCAUAUUUAUUUGGUUCAAUAAAGUAUUUUCUGUUUAAGAAAGUGUGUGAGGGGAAGUGGAGAGGACGGAGAAAUCAGCAGAGAAUAGUGCUGCAUGGUGUUUUUCACUGUGGAGAAUGUCCAGUUAGACAGCAAAUUAACAAUCACAGUAUUCCAGCGCUAUCAAGACAACUGAAUAUUAAAGUAAAGAAAAUCACAUUUCAGAAAUGAACAUGGUGCAAUGUUUAAAGAGACAUUUUCUACAUCUUUUCUUCUUUUCCCUUCCCUUGUGUUUCAGAGGGCAGGGGGUUACAUAUUGAUGUGCCUUCACAAGAAAUACAGUCGAUACAUGAGUUGUUUUCCCCCAUCUGCCUUGUGCAACAAACAGGUCCCCCAUUUCAUUACAGUUGUACAUAUUUCUGUUUUCCUCAUGAAUAGCCAGUGCCAUGCAACAGCUCCCUUACUGGUGUUGUGUAACACGGUACGUGAUUCUGACAUUCCGGCCUUUUCUGUUCUGGAACAUCUUUCAAGGUCUCUUUAGACUCGUACUGACACACGCACUGCCUUGUAUUAGUAUACUUGCGAGGGCACGAUAGCCUCCUCUACCUGGUUGUCACAAGUGUAGUAAUACAUGUAAUGCACCCAUAGUGCAAUUCUCUCACAAACAAACACACACACACACACACAGUAUUUAUCGGGCAGUGUUGUGUCUCAGCUGAAUUGCUGCCUGCUUCCUUUCAUUCUCCUCUGCAGAUAUAACUUCAUAGAGAUGGAACAUGGAAGGAUAGAGUGUGGGGGGCAACUUUUUGUAAAAGAAUUUUAUAAAACAACAAAAUACAACAAAUAAAAUGUUUGAUAUAAAUUGA